GCAUUAUCCACUCUUGAACGCAUAUGUAGAGCCCCAAUCAUCCCCUACCUCCGCGUCCCCAUUUUGAGCGUCAAAGAAACGGUAUACUUUUCUUCCAAUUCUCCUCUCUAUCUUUUCCUUUCUCUUUCCUCUUUCAAUCAUCAAAUCCAAAACUCUCUGUCUUCAAUCCUCAUCAUUUUCGCAAGUAACAGUUAUUAUUAUACCUUAAACCAAUUAAUAAGCUCAAAUUUUUCAGUAAAUUUACAUCAAUUUUCCUUUCCACUAGCUUUAACUGUGUAGUCUUUAGGUAGUUGUAUCCAAUUAAUACAAUCACGGAAACUUUAAUGGGCGAUCAGAAUUUAUGGUGUUCGUCUUGUCAACGGCUUCUUACAUCUCUUUGAAAACCCCAAAAAGUAUUGGUAAUAACUAUCUGCCUUCUCAAUUUCAUGAAUUGAAGAAGAAAAACAGAAGAUGGUUUUCACGGUGAUGAUUUACAGAUUAGGGUUUUUGUUGAUUUUCAUUUCGGUGACGAAAGCUAUCCAUAAUUCAACAUCUUGCUUUAGAUCAUGUAACGGAACAGCAGUAAAUUACCCUUUUGGGUUCUCCGAUAAUUGCGAGUUUCAGUUGAAUUGUACCCUCAAUGAAAAAAUGGAAUUCAUGGGUUUAGAAAUUAGGAACUUAUCUUGGAAUACCAUGUCGUUGAAUCUAUUACCAAAUUGUACACGAAAAAUUCAUGAAAUACGACAUCUAUUCGGGAAAAACUACGCGUUGACUACAAGAAAUGGUUUACUUCUACAGAAUUGCAGUACACCAUUAAACGGAUGCAUAAUUCCAGCGGGUUUAGUGGAGAUUAAGUUUGGAGGGUGUGAUAAGAGAAAAGAGAAUAUGAGUUGUUAUACAACACAGAAUCCGAAAGGAGGAGGUGGGAUUUUGAGGUAUGAAGAUGUGAAAAAAGCUGGAUGUGGGGUUUUGUAUUCGUCGAUUGUUGUUGAUGAUAUCGAUAAUGGCGGUUCUGAUGCUUUGUUGGAGUUUCAGACUGUUCAGCUUGAUUGGUGGUUAACCGGAACUUGUCGAUGUCACUCCAAAGCUGUUUGUGAUCCCAUCGGAGCUUCUGGUUUCCGGUGCCGGUGUAGUGAUGGUUUUAUUGGCGAUGGCUUCGUCGACGGCGAAGGUUGUCGUAACGGAUCGACUGCAGCUUCUGUGCAUCCUGUCCAUAUACAUUCUGGAUCAACUAAAUAUCCCGUUCUUAUUGGAGGCAUUGUUGUUGGUGCUGCUUCGAUGGUUAUCUUGGCUGUUAUUUGUUACUUUUGUCGACGUCGUUCUACGUUUUUCAAAAGUCGGAUGAGCAUGAGGCUUCUUCUUUCCGAUGCUGCUGGCAACACUCCUGUUCCUCUGUACCCGUAUAAGGAAAUCGAAAGAGCCACAAACGGCUUUUCUGAAAAACAAAGGUUGGGAACUGGAGCAUAUGGCACAGUUUAUUCGGGAAGAUUUAACAACAAUGAAUGUGUGGCGAUUAAAAAGAUCAAACAUCGAGACACCGAUAGUAUCGAGCAAGUCAUGAAUGAGAUUAAGCUUCUCUCCUCUGUCAGUCAUCCGAAUCUUGUCCGUCUUCUUGGUUGCUGCAUAGAGAACGGUGAGCAGAUCCUUGUUUAUGAAUUUAUGCCGAAUGGAACUCUUUCCCAGCAUCUGCAACGAGAAAGAGAGAACGGUAAGGCCCUUCCGUGGACAGUACGGCUUAAAAUUGCAUCAGAAACUGCCCAAGCAAUCUCCUAUCUUCACUCGGCCAUGAAUCCUCCAAUAUACCACCGAGACAUAAAAUCGAGCAACAUACUCUUGGAUGUUGAUUAUAAAUCAAAGGUAGCAGAUUUUGGCCUUUCUAGACUCGGGAUGAUGGAAAUGGAAUUAUCGCAUAUCUCAACUGCCCCUCAAGGAACUCCUGGAUAUGUUGAUCCUCAAUACCAUCAAAACUUCCAUCUUUCCGAUAAAAGUGAUGUUUACAGUUUUGGGGUUGUCCUAGUUGAGAUUAUAACCGCAAUGAAAGUGGUCGAUUUCAACCGGCCUCAUACCGAGGUCAAUUUGGCUGCCCUAGCUAUUGACAAGAUCGGAAAAGGAAGAAUCGACGAGAUAAUUGACCCGUUCAUCGAUCUCCACCGGGAUGCUUGGACUCUGGCUUCUGUUCAUAAGGUAGCGGAGCUUGCUUUUAGAUGCCUAGCAUAUCACAGAGACAUGAGGCCAUCCAUGAUGGAAGUUGCUCAUGAACUAGAGCAAAUUCGGCAAAGCGGGUGGGCCUCUCUUGAGGAGAACGUGUGCAUUGGAUCAUCGGUUGCGUCUUCUUGUUCCUCGCCCUUUAAUGGGAGCGAGAGAUCAUUCGGUGGUUUAUCAAUGAAGAAGUCGGUAGUUGGAAGCCAAAGGGUUAUCGUUCCACAGAAGGCAAUAGAUCAUUUAGCUUCAUUAGAGGAAGGUAAAGAUGGUUCACCCGUAUCAGUUUAUGAUCCUUGGGUUAGUGAACAAAGCUCACCUUCAGCAAAUAGCUUGUUGGAUAACACAAUACAGUAAGCCCGAUCAAGUAAUAUCAUUCUAUGAAACUGGUAUAUUUUCGCUCAAUCUGGUCGUCCGCGUUAUUUUGCCUCUAGUUGUACACACGAGAUGGUGGUACCGGACUACCGCUACAUACCUAGAAUUGCAAAGUGGAAAGUGAAACAAUUGUACACAUUAUAGUAUAGGAUAUGCCUUGUUUUUGUAUAUUUUCAGGAUUCAUUUAUUUAUUUUACAUGUCUAAAGGAGGUCUUAUAGUUCUUCCACAAUUUUGGGCACUUUUUAUGGAAAUGUGUGUGCCUUCAUGAUUCCAAUGAAGUAACAUUCAUAUAUGUUGCUCAUAAUUCUC